GAGUCAGAGAGGGUGGGGCCCAGGGGAAGUAGUCACCUCACUUCCCUUUAGUCAGGAAGGCUCCAUGAAUUUCAGGGGGAGUUUCAGCUGUUGGACUUGGUAUUCUUCCCUGCCCACACACACAUCUGGCCUUUAUCCUUAUCAAGAAUGACUUCCUGGACUUUUUCAGUUUCUCCAGUUUAUCAGCCUGCCCCCAGUGUAGGUAGCGUUCCAUGGACCAUCUUACCUCCAAGACCUUCCACCCAGCUUCCCUGCAGAUUCUAAAUGGUCCCAUUUCCUUCCCGUCCGUUGACAAACUUACCCUUCUUUUCUGUAUAUUUCAGCCUAAAAGGUGUUUUCCUGAGCCAAAGUCUAAACUGCGCCCCCCACCCCUGCCCUGUGUGUGCUGUAUCUCAUUGUCUUCCACACAGCACAUAAACACGCUUAAGCCUCUUCCCAUUAAAAACAACCCUUAGGGGAUCAGUGGAUUACCCUUAACCCAGCAAAAUGGAGCUUGAGGCCCUGAGUAGAUAUACCAGUCCAGUGAACCCAGCUAUCUUUCCCCAUGUGACUGUGGUACUGUUGGCCGUUGACAUGUUCUUCACCUCCUGGUUCUUUGUUUAUAAGGUCACCUCCACCAAGUACACUUGGGAUAUCUACAAAGAGCUCCUCAUCUCAUUGGAGGCCUCACUCUUCAUUGACUUUCGAGUCCUCUGCCUGCUGCUCUGGGUCAGUGUCUAUGUCUGAGCUCCCAGGGGUUCCAACCAAGGGUCCUUACUGAAUCCUUCCUUUGGUAAAUUAAUUUUUGGUUUUUGUUUCUGCUGUUGCUGGAAGUGUCCUACCUGCUGCUCACAGUAAAGGCAUAUAUGUGAAAAAUCAAAACCAAAACAUUUAGAAUCAAUCUGGAGGUGAGAGUCAGGCACUGAUAUUUUAAAAACUCACCAGGUGAUUCUGGUGUGCAGCCAGGGCUAAAAAAGAUAAACAGCUAAAUCCAGACCUCGUACCAGGCCAUACAGAGCUCUUCAUGACUGACUCCUGCCAACGUUCCCCCCUUACCCACAUGCCCUCUGGACUGGAGACUCCCCAGAACUCCCCACACCAGCCGUAUCUCCUGCUUGCAUACCUUCACACACAUGCUUCCGUCCGCCUGAAAAUGUUUCCCUGCCUUCUUUAAUACUCAGCUUUGGUGUCAUUUCUGUGAAGCCUUCAAGAACUAACCCCCAGCUUGGGGUAAGGUGCCCCCCCCCCCACUCCCUUGCUGCUCUCUUAGCCCUCUCAGUUUAACUCACCACUUGCUAUUGUAACAGUUAAUUUAUCUAUCUGUCUUCUUCUCUAGACUGUGAAUAUUUUUCAGGAACCCCAGUGCCUUGGAGAUGCCAUUUGGUAGGACCUGGUUUGGUGGUCUAUAUCAGAUAUUUGAAGGUGCUUUCUCCUAGGACUAGGACUGGAACUGAAGGAAGUGAGUCUUUGAGCAUGUUCAUGUAGUCAGUGGGCCUUUACUGAGGGCUUGCUGUGGUCAUUUAUUAAUACCACCGUGGUCCAGUUGACUAAUGGAUAGUUGAAGAUCUCUAUCUCUUCCAGGUGGCACAGUGGUAAAAAAUCCUCCUGCCAAGGCAAGAGAUGUGAGAGAUGUGGGUUUGACUCCUGGGUUGGGGAGAUCCCCUGGAGUGGGAAAGGGCAGCCCACUCCAGUUUUUUUAUCUAGAAAGUUCCAUGGACAGAGGAGGCUGGCGAGUGACAGUCCCUGGGGUCGGAAAGAGUUGGAUAGAAUUGAGCACAGCACCCACACAUAUAUCUCUACCAUAUUUAACCUCAGGAACUGUUUCAUCACUUAUAACAGUCUGCUUUCUUUGUUUCUAGAUGGAUACUUAGUCCAAACCUCUCAAUAGUGCUCUCCAAACAGUGCUUUGCAGUUUAUUUAGGAAGUAUUUGUUGAACGAAUGCUCAUUAAUCGACAUACAAGCAUAUACCUUCUUGCUUCACCCCUUGGCUAUGAAAUAUCAAGGUAGAAACAGUGCUGAGUACUUUACCUGGGUCAUCUCCUUUAAUCUUCACAAUCCUAUGAGACAGGUGCUAUUGGAGGUUCAGGCACUUACAUUAAGUCAUAUAAGUACUAACUGGAGAUUUAAAAUCAGGUCUUUGGAGUUAGGUGUGACCCCCAGGGCUACUGAAGUAUACCUAACACAAUAAAUAUUUAUUGACUCAACAGAUACUGCCAUCCCAAGGCAAGUAGAAAAGCUUUUGAAUUCUUACUGUCUUCCCCACUUGACUCGGGGUCCCUUAACUUCUCUUCCCCUUCUCACAUUUCUCAUUCACCCUAAUACUCUGCAAACACUGUGAAGGAGCAGAUGAGUCCAACAUUGGUCAGAUACUAGAGGUACAGAGACAACUAAAAUAUUGGUCCUUGCUGAAAAAAACUUACAGUGAGGGGGUAUGCAGAUAAUUGAAUUGCAGUGAGAUUGUGAAAGCAAAGGGAGGGACUGUUUUAUUGCCUGGAAAAGCUGCUUUUAUCUUGAGUUAGGAGACAGGGCUUGGAGGUGUGGGGGUAUAUGAAAGAUGCUGAUAUCCUUGGGGAACAGUUAAAGCAUAGGGUGUGGCCAAGAGAAUGGGGGGAGGCUGAGGACCAGAUCAGGUCAGCCUUCAGGUACAAUGCUAAUGAGUCUGAGCCUUUUGAAUUCUUUUACCAUUUCCUUUCAAGGGUAGGUGGUCAUAGGUACCCGUGGGCUGGAUCAGAACUGUACUUUGGCUCUGACCUCUUAACUCUAAGACUAAACUUUCACAUAGCUUGUUGUUUAGUGGCUAAGUGUCUGACUCUUGCGACCCCAUGGACUGUAGCCCACCAGGCUUCUCUGUGCAUGGGAUUUUCCAGGCAGGAAUACUGGAGUGGGUUGCCAUUUCCUUCUCCAGGAGAUCUUUCCUAACCCAGGAUCGAACCUGAAUCUCCUGCAUUGGCAGGCAGGUUCUUUACCAGCUGCAGCACCGAGGAAGCCCCUCCACAAAGCUACAUUCCACCACUGAUGAACACAUUGUUUGUCCGAAACUGCCACCUCCUCUGAAUUCCACAUGUACAUCAUACAGUCCUGUGCACAGUUACUGGAUCACCGUGUGCAGUUAUCAGCACUGUUCCAGGAGCUGCUGGAGAUACAGAUUUCAUUUUGCUGAAACCUAGUGCUCAACCCAGUGGUUCUGUCUAGUUAGUUGGUGAGUGUAUGGCGUGGGGAGGUACAGUGAGCCAGAUAAAGACAACUAAGUGUACAGAGUGAGACCAGCUGUCUCGGGGAAACCUCCAGUGUCUAUUUUUCCAAGCCUGUCAGUUUCCAGACCUUCUUGGGUGAGGGUGGUCUGUCACCUGGUCCCCCACAGCACCCUCUCUCACUGGCUGCCAGUGUGAAGUGAUUUGGCUAGACAGUAAACCCCAUCUGAGGACAGCAUCUGCCUUGUUCAUUGAUGUGCCACCAGCAAUUAACCCCGUCUUGCACGUGGUAGGUGGUCAGUAAUAUGUGGGUAUUUACUAACACAGGUCUGAUUGUAGCCUCCUCAAAACUCUUUGGUUUCUCCUCUGCUUCCAGAAUAAACCAAACUGCUCCAUUUGGCCUUCCACAUUCAGCCACAGCUGGCUUCACUUCCCCUUUUUCCUUCCACAGCCUUGAAGAGGCCAGCUAGCCAGUGAUUCAUUAAUUUCCCCUGCCCCGGGCUACUUGUAUUCUCCCACCUCCGGCCCACACGGUCGUCUCAACAACUCCUAAUGCUGGGCUCACCCAAGUUUAUAGGCUGGUAAGGAAGGCUUCCCUACACAGCGGCUCCCUGGGCUGAGACCUUCCAGCCUACCGAGUCCACUCUCCAGGCACAGACAGAGAGGCUGCCUGCAGCCCACCCCUCCGGUCCCACUCUCUGGAGAGGGAGCUCUAUGAGGGGACGGCUGACCCUGGAACUUGCUCCAAGGUCCCAGGUGGGGUGGGUCGGCUACGAACAGAAGCUGUGUUGGUCGUGCUGGUGGACGAAUCCCAGAGGGUCCAGAAGGAGGCCACGCAGGGGCUAAACACUAGGAAGGCGCAGGGUGCAGUUUCGGCGGGCGAGGGCCCGGGCCAGGCCGCGCGAGCUGACCGAGGCUGGAGGAGAU